UGUUCGAACGAAAUACCGGUUGGCUUACACUUUACAGUACAUGUACAUGAAUGAUUUUCGAUUAUACGGUAGGCGUAGGCCAGCCAAAUACCGAAUUCAACGCCCAAUUUGCAAGUUUGUCGUCUAGGACUGGCCUAGGCCUAUGUCUUCUGUCUUCUUAAAGUUUUGGCAUGCAUGGUUGAGCUUGCCUCUAAAAUGAAAAAUGCAUGCAGGAGGCGAUAUCCUGCCCAAAAUUUUCGAGUUCAAUUGACUGCCAAGACUGCAGAACAAAGCAUGAAUUCUGGAGCUAGUGAUGGUGAAGAAUUGUGCCUGAUUGAUGCUGGAAUCAACUGCUUAACAAGUCUGCAUUUCUCAACCAAUCUCCGUACACUUAACCUCCAUUGCAAUCAGAUCAGCAUCAUUAAUGGACUAAGCAGACUUAGGUGGCUUCAACACUUAGAUCUCUCCUCCAAUCAGAUUGCAUGCAUUGAAGGCUUGGAGUCCCUGACCGUUCUUCGGACAUUGAAUUUGUCUUGUAACCACAUCAAGGUUGUUGUUGGCCUACACAGUUUAAGAUCUCUGAGAAAACUUAACCUGUCCUACAACAUCAUUAAAGAUAUCAGUGGUUUGGUAACUCUUCAUGGUCCCCAGUCAAGUCUAGCGCACCUACAGUUACAUGGGAACCAACUUGAUUCAUUUAAUCAUGUUGUUGAGUGUGUGAGUGGACUACAGCAACUACAAGAACUUAUAUUAGCACUAGACACUGAUGAUAAUCCUGUGUGUCGUCAGCCAGGGUAUCGUACAGCCAUGCUUCACUCCCUUCCACAGAUUCAAAUAUUGGAUGGUAUGAAUAGACGAGGACACCAUGUCCCCAUAGACAACAUAAUGGCAGACAUACCGGGACUGGACCAGUAUUUGGAGUAUCUGCUCAGCUCAGACUCCACCUGUGCCAGUGCUCAGGAGCCUGCUGUGAAUAUAACGACUCCCAGAAUUGAUCAGAUGCUGGACAGGUUCCGCCAGCGAGCAUUGAUGUCAUCAGGGACAACCACCAUAAGUGGUACAGACGUGCAACCCACAGAUCAUGAAGUGAGGCUGGAGCAAUUAGAGAAACAACUGGCAGAUAUCAUGACAAGAAGGCAAGAGCUGAGGAAUGCUGAGGAUCACAGUGUUCUUGCUCAUCCACACAGAUGGAGCGAUGGAGAUGAGAUGACCAACAGACAGCAGUCAAAUAGAAAGCCUAAGAGAGACACAGAUCAGACUGAUGAAAGUGAUGUGGAAAGUGAUAGGCCAUCUGUGGGAGCAGUCAUCAAGCAGAGAGCAAAGGGAUCUAUGCCAUCCAACAUUGGGCUGGCACAUAUAAUGGAUGGAAGGCAACAAAGGCAGGAAAGUCGGCAACAAGCAAGGUCUUCAGCGAGCAAGCACCCUCUACAGAAAGCCAAGUCAGUCAGCAGCACCAGCACAGGGUCACCCCCAAGUGCACCAGAGGUCAGAGGUCAUCCCCAUCAUGCUACGAAAGUUACUCAUACUACAGCAGAGCAAGAUGCUGAGAAACUGGCCUUGAUGCAGGAGUUAGACAAUGAGAGAGAGAGGAGAUGGAAAGCAGAGCAGGCUUCUAUCAGACUAGCUGAUUGCAUCAAAGAACUGCAGGCAAAAGCCACUGAGGAACGAGAAUUACAAGACGUUGCCAUCCAGGCUAGCACCAGACUAAAGCAAGCAUUAAUGAAUGAGAAGGAGUUCAGAGCAAGACUGGAAGGGCAGUUGGAGGAAUGCCAGGCCAAGUUGGAGGACCUGAGGGGCAAGUUGACUGCUUCCCAGAAGGCUGAGGAGGAGCAGAGACAAGCCUUAAGGGCCAUGGAAACAACAUCAGCUAAGAUGGAGACAGAGAGAUUGAACCAGCAUGCCCAUGAAGUGAAGAAAGCGCAAGAAUAUCAGAUGAAAGCUGCUGCCAUGGGACGAGAGGUGGAUCUGGUGAAGGCUCAGUGUAAGCAACAAGAAGGGAAGAUACAACAGCUCCAGGAACUCCUAGCCAGCAGAGAACAGGAACAUAGGAUUGAUACUUUGACAAAACAGUACUCCGAAUUAGAAGAUGAGUUUCGUCUUGGCCUCCAGAUGGAAGCAGAGAGAUUUCGUGAGCUUCAAGAUGCAUUUGAGAGAGUUAGCCAUGAGUCUUCCGUUGCCAAAAACACACUUGCAGCAAUGACAGACAAAGAGAGGAGAUCAUCUAGCAUGGUUGCUGAACUAACUGCUAUGGUGAAGGAGCAGAAAGGACGGAUUUCUGAGCUGUUUAAAUCUAAACAGGAGGCAUUGACAGCAUACAGGGAACGUGUCCAGAAUCUAGAAUCUCAGCUGGAGGAAGCCAGAAGAAAGCAGCUUCAAUAUGAAGCCCUUCGACAAGAGAAUAGUCAAGUGAAAUCCCAGUUAGUGGCUCAAGAGUCAGUCAUUGAAGGUCUGAGAGUAGAGAGGAAACUGUGGGGUCAGGAACUGGCUCAACAAGGAUCAUCUCUAGCCCAGGACCGAGGGAGACUGGAGGCUCGUAUUGAAGCCUUGUCAGCAGAAGUUGACUCCUUGAAGAAGCACUCCGAGAGGGAUAAUGAUGCCUUGAAGAUUAAAACCAAGAUGCUUGAUGAUCAGACAGAUACCAUCAGGAAGCUUAAAGAGGGGCUUGUUGAAAGGGAUGAUGAGAUAAAGAAAGCUAGAGAAGAAUUACUUCAUCAUCAGAGACAUCUCGAGGAACAGCUAGCAGGUGAGCAAGCUAUCAACCAAGAAACUACGGAGGAGGUAGAGAGACUCAGGGAACGUAAAGAAGAACUGAAGAACCGUGUAGCUGAGCUAGAGGCAGAACUUGAAGAAAGCAGGAAGGCAUACAGAUCUCUGGACAACAAAUGGAAGGAAAAGGGAGAUUUGAUUGGUCAACUGGAGACACAAGUACGACAGGUCAAGCAGAACUUUGACAGUAAAGAGUUCAAAAUGAAAGAGGAAAGGGAUAAAGCCAUCCAAGCAGAAAAGUCCGCUCUUGAGAGGUUACAUCAAGCUGAUGAUGCAUUCACUAAGCAACUAGAAGCAGUCAGGAGACAUCAUGAGGGGGAGAUGGAAGAGAUGAGGAUAGAAAAAAGCAAAGAGAUAGACAAAGGCAACCAGAGAGUACUUGAGGUUGAGAAUGAGAUGCGCCUUCUCCUUUCUGAGAUGGAGACUCAGAAGCAAGUCAUGGAGGAUAAAGUCAAGAAACUCACAAGCGCUUUCAAUGAUUUGACUCAAGGACUCACAUGAGGGAGGGGCAAGCAUGCCCCUUGCUCUCAUGAUGCCCAUGAUGAAGGAUUACCUCAACAUGAAUACUCUUCCAAACAGCAAGUAGGGGGGCCUACACCUUUAUGCCCAGUACUUGAGUUUGUGAAAAAUCUCCAAAUUUUAUUGGCUCAAGUUGAACUCACUGUUGAACUCUUGUUUUACAUGAAACCUCACUAAACCAAAAUUCUUUGACAGAUGCCACUCCAUGGCAGCUUCAAGCAUUUGAAUAAAAAAUACCAUUUUCUCCAAGGCAGGAGAUUACCAAAACAUGAAAAUUUGAAGUCGGUUUCUCUUUGCCUUCUGAUCACACAUCACCAAGUCAAGCCCCUCAGGAAAUUCUAAAUGGUCACAGUCUAUUUAGGGGCUAGCUCUGUCAGAAAAUUCUGAUUCAAGUUCUGUUAUUGUUAUUUUAGGCUAGUUUUGCCAACGUGGGAGGGAAAUCCUGCAAGAAUUAUGAAAACGUCUGAACUUCUUCAUUUUGCACUUCAUCGAAGAAACAUCAGUGAAUGACCGCCAAGGAAACAACCCUUAGGGAAAUCCAUCUGAAGCACAAACAGUUUUAGGGCAACACAUACUGAAGGUGGACCAGUGUAUCUGCACACAAGGGGUGAACUAGCCACCAAGGCUGUAAAGUGAGCACACAGGGAGUAGACUAGCUUACCUGCAAACGGGAGGUGAACCAGUGCACCCGCGGUGGGCCAAUUAUUUAAUUUUAGCCAUGAUUGAAUCACAGAUAUCAUUUCAGAUUCAAGGGGAUCACCCCUAGGCUACACACUAUGAAUCACACCCCUUAGUCGACAAGUAAAGGUAUACAUACAUCAAAAUUUAAUUACUCAGAAUAUUCCCAGAAUAAAAAUACAUGUGUGUUUUGCACAUAUCAUUCUGUAAUCUGAACUACAUAAAUAAACAACAGGCAAAAGAUAUAUUUUAACCCAACUUUGAUCCUCUAAAGCUUAAUAUCAGAGAGAUUCUGUGUCCUAAUUAUUGCAGAAUGACUACAUUUAUAUACAAACUUGGCAUGUUUGCCCUGAAACUAAUUUUGCUUUAGAUCACUUUCCCUAGGGGCUGUUUCCUUGGCCUUUGAAGUAUAAAAAAUUUGAGAUUCCUGACAUGGCAAGAAAAUGCCAUACUUUACUGAAUUAGUUUUUGUGAACAGCAUCAUAAAUCACGGUCAUUGUUAACAAACAAAAAUCCCUCAUACAACUCAGAAAGUGGGUCAGUCAACCUGGCUACUCUAAUAAUCUAUCACACAGUCCAUCAUCCAUCUCAUAUUAUCAACACAACUCUCAUAACAAAAAAGAAAAAAUGCAACACAGGCCGGUUAGCUUGAUAUCAAAGGCCCCCACAAACUAAUGCCUCUGAAAGACCUCUGCUUUUCAGAUGUACUUAAUCCUCGGAGAGAGGAUAGAAACUAUGGGUGUACAUGUACAAACUGACAAAGAGUCAGCAAUGCCUCUUUAACAAUUCUUUAACAAAAGAAAAAACUGAAAAAACUAAGAGAGGACAAAUGUAAACAAAUAUGGGAAAUGGAUUGGAAAGGAAUGUGGGUUGGUGAUCACGGUAAAAGCUAAUGCCACGAUGACAGCUCAACUGAGUUUUUCUCUUCUGAAGGAGUAUUUUAAUCUCCAAAUCUGAUAAACAAUAAAACAACUACUGAACUAGACAUAAGCCCUCACACAAUGUCAACAAAAAGGUGACAAUCAGGUUUCCAAUCCACUGUAUAUGUUUUGAUCUUGUGAAGCAGGAUCACUUCCAGAAAGCAAAUUCGUUGAAUGUUUUGAGAAAGUUCAGAUAUUCAAGUACCUUCUUUUUGAAACAAAUGAAUUAGUCUGUGGGUCUGUGAGCAAAGACAAUGUUUCCUCUACAAAGACAUAAUGCCGCUUGCUAUAGACCUUUUUCCAGUGAUGUCACGUGAUGAUGUUGUGAUGGUAAUAAGUGCAUAGUGUUGUGAUGGUAAUCUACUUAUUCAAGAUAAACUAGUCAAGCAUGCAGCGUUCACACCUGUGCUUGCAUGUGGUUGAAGCUGCCAGUAGGAAUAUAUACGAUCACCGUGGCCAAGGCAGUCCACGCGUGGUGAUAUUGUUUACAUUUAGUCACGAUGGGUGAAAAAGAUCUACAGGAGCGACAAGACUAAAAAUAUCGGUGAAAACCACUAUAGCAGAAGAAAAUACUUCCUACUCAAUGCAGAAUGAAUUGGUCUGUAGCUGUGGGUCUGUGAGCAGAGACAAAACCUUCCAUAUUUCCCCUGUACAUACAUAGGCCUAAUGCAACCAGAUAACCUCAUUAAAGCUGAGUGACAUCAGUGAAGGGUGACAAGACUACAAGGUCGGUGAAAAUAACCACUAUGGCAGAAGAUAAAGACUUCUAAAUUCCUACCCUGUGUAGAAUGUACCCUCCUAUUACCCCUCCUACCCAGCCCACUUGAUUACCCAAAUGGGUACCGGCCCUGGUUCAGCAUCCCAUGGAUUCUAUCCCUUGCUUUACUCAUCUCUAAAGUUACACAUACAUUAUGUCUCUCAUAUGGAAUCCAGAGAAAUCAAAUAUUUUCAAUCAGUCAUAGUACAUGUACAUCACACAAAAGCUUGAUCCAGGAUAACCCUGUUCCAAGUGAUUUGUCCAUAUGAGAACCACAGACAGCAUUGCUUGUUGUAAAGCAAAGUUAUAAAUAAUGUCUGGAGAGAAUCACUAAUCAUUGGUAUGUGUAAUCAGUGGACAGCUCCCCAUAAAUCCUUAUCUUUAUUUGAUAGUCUACCACAAGAAUGAUCAGUCUCUAGCAAAACCUGUAAAACUAAUGAAUCAAGCAGAAAUUUCCUUUUAUAGCAUUUAUGUGUUUCUUUUCAAAAAGUAAAUGUCAGCUUUUCUUGGUCGGGGGUAUUGUGUAUCACAAUUUGGGUGACAAUCCCACUUCUCAAUUGCUGUAACAGGCCUAGCGAUAUACAUGUAUGUCUCUCAACAAGACUGCAAGUCCAAAAUUUGAUAUGAAAAAUUACAGACCUGAACCACAGCAAGAAAACAGUAAAUUUCAAAUUUAGGAAAUACAGUAUUCACCAACAGUUUCCUCACUGCUAAGUACUAAGCUUUUCCUUUAAAAUAAAAAGUUAAUAAGUUGUGUAAUUUAGUUUCGUUUUGGGAGUAUUUGCAGAUCUGUUUUGCUUUUCAGUGAUUAACUUUUAUUUAUGUUGCUUGAGGAUUAUAUUUGUUUGUAUUUUUUCCUUGGGAGGUUUCAUAAAAAUAUCUUUGUGUUAGACUACUUGUUUCAGAUCAUGCAAAUUACAACAUCCAAUCAGCAAUGAGCACAUACAUGUACUGCAUGCUUGCUGUGCAUAAAGUGUGUAUGGCAUUUCUUCAUGUGUUUUGUUACAUGUGUGUACACUGUACCAUUGUAACCACCUAUUGGACACACAUAUACACGUACAUGUACUUCGGUGUACAUGAUAUUGUUCACUGCUGGUGAACUGAUUGUCAAUGAAGUCUGUAAGCACGCAUGUUCACUCCCAUGCCCUUGUGCACCACUUAGUUGAGAGCUACAUGUAGCACAUAUGUACUCCAUCACUUUACUGUGGAUUUCGAGGCAGGCAACGUCGAACAUCGUUCUGACAUUUCUUUAGAGGUUAAAGAUCAUAAUUUAUUUUUAACAAAACACAAACAAAUAAAGUUCACAAAGAUACCUGAUAACUAAAAAUGGAUACGACAACAUUAAACCACUGUAUCAUAUGAGCCCAGUUGCACGAAAUUUGAAACAAAUUUUGAAAAAGUUAUUUUUACGAAAAAUAAACACAAUCAGAUUGGAAAGAAAAUAUAUCCAAAUUCUUUUCCAUUUCAUCACAACUUGUCCAGUUAUCCGAACAAACAAAAUAAAGUGCCGUGCAUAUGUAUUAAGGUCUAAUAAAAACAUCAGUUCUAUUCUCAAGUUACUGCAAAUUGAAUAUCUUGCACGGGAAUAAUUUGUCCGUAGUAGUUACACAUGUACGUGCGUUGAUGGAGUAUAUGUACAUUGCACAUGUGCACACGUAAACCAUGGCCGACCGGACAACAGAGAGCCAAAAUUGAUCAAACUAACAAAGGACAAUUCACCAUAGCUUAAACAUAACAUGGUAACCUUUUUCAAACACUCUUUCAGUUAUCAGGAUAAGCAGCAUGUGUGGACCAACUGGAGAACAAUUCAAAUUUUCAAGUUUAAAUUACCCUUUUUAUACAUUCAGAAAUGUACCAUACACAUACAUGUUUCACCCAAUUUUCUCCAAAAUGUCACUUUUGAUUAACAAGAAACACAUCACAAAAUAAAAUCUGCAGCCUGAUUAGAUUUUUCUGGUAUAAAUUCAGCAAACGUUUACACGGUGUGGAAGAUAUCCCCGCAGAUAGAUUUUUGCGCAGUCGUUUCCUGGCUGGCAUCGCCAUUUUAACAAGCAACAGAAAGUGAGCUUGACUUUGCUGCAUUUUAGCAUAUGCGCACAAACUAAGUGGAAGGGGUGAACAUAGGUGUAAGACAGACAAGGUUCUGCAUCUAUACUUUUGAUUAGCUAACCCUAAUGCUCCUAAAACCUCCAAUUUCAGUAUGAUUUUACAUACACUCUAGGGCGUAAGUUAAUCUACAUUUUUCUGGAAGGAGUGAACAAGGAAGAGCUGGACUGUUGCUGUCAUUACAAAUCAAAGUAAAGCCUAGACUACAAGUAAAGGGACCUGGUGGGUGGGAGGCCGGUGACAUAACCUUAGGCCUAUUCCAAGGGAUGCUCAAAUUUUUAGGACUGAUACUGUUUUUGUUCACUACCUGCAUGCGUUCAAUGUGUUGCUUUUCUUCCAUCUGAAGAGUGGAUUAUCUGACUCGGUAAAUUGAAGUAAUUGCAGACGGGAACAGAAAUACAGACAAGCUUUUUUAUAUACACUUACACGUACAUGUAUUUUCAAGGUUUAGAUAUUUUCAAGUACUUCAGAAAAACAAUCUUGUCUGCCUAACAAAAACAAAAAAAACUCUGUUACUGAUACAGUACAAUUUCUCUGUGAUUUCCUGUACACUAAGUGUCAAAUAACAAAAGACAGAAAUAAUGCACACUAAGUCAAUUAACCUGGUCAUUUUUUAACUCCCUACUUGUUGUUUUCAAAGGCAAACCUUUUCUAACUUCGCUAGUCGGUCAUUAACACUGCCUUGUGUCAUGUACAUGUAUAAGUUUUAAAUAUCGUACAUUGUACAUGUACUGAUUUCACACAGCUGUUGAAACCCUAGUACCCCAUGUACAUAGGUUAAUAGAGGUCAACUUAACAGAGCAGUGGAAAUCAUCAAGCUCCAUAAACAAACUAUUUGUGGCGAUGAUACGCAAUGGUUUCUGCUAUUCACACAGAUUUGGGGGUUCAUCUACACAAAAUAAUUGUUGGUUACUUAGCAUCCAAACAGAUGGAACUGAAAGCACAUUGUUAAAGUGAAACACAAAAGUACAUGGCCAUCUGUUUUACUGCCUGGUACAGGUAUUUUGAUGACUUUUCAAGUAACCUAAGACAAUGAUUGUAAACAGAAGUGUCCUCAUUUUCAUGUUCAAUUUCUCUUUGAGUAUCUAAGUCAAAGCAAACUGGAAGGGACAAUGCUCUAGAUCAUUAUGAUAACUAUAAAAGCACUUACUGUAUUUAAAGCUAUAUAGUCCAAGCUUUUUCUAAGUAUCAAAUUUCUUUUCUUAGAGUACAGUACAUGUAUGUUGAAGGAAUAUGAUGUCCUGUAACAAAUGAAGUUGUUACAAUGUAGCUCAUAAUUGUAGGCCUCUAUGCAAUUAAACAAUGCCCUUUAGCACUGCACAACAGCAAAAAUAGUUCUGAGUAAAUCUCUGUAACUAUUCUUUUCGGGUGAUAUGGCAAGCUAGUAUCUCAAUUUGCAUCCUACAUUUUUCAACUUACCCAAUCCUAACUAUGUAAUGCAUGCAUGUCACCGGUCAUAGUAACCAAUCGCCUCUGACAAAAUACAUGUACAUGUAGCAUACAUUCAUUCUUGAUGUGUUGAGUUGAGAUUAUUAUUCAUAAACCAUAGUUGUAAAGACACCUGUACACACUAGCUCCAGACUACCUUCUCAUUUCAAACACAGAAAUUUAUUGAUUACAUAUUAUGGCCUCCAAUUUUUCAUGUGAUGUCUCAAUGAAAAGCUCAAAACAAAUGCAAUCCUAAAAAUUGUCCAUUCAUUUUCUGAGGUGCCACACCCCAAAAAUAUGGAAAAUAAAUUUUGAAUUUGGACCCAAGUGAACAAUAACUGUACAUACAGGCUCUUCAGACAACCAAAACUUAAUGGUUAUCUCCUCACUGGACCUUGACUUCCAUCCCAUACAAGCCAUUGUGUAACUGUGUGAAAUAUAGUUUUUUCAUCCCAAUUCCCUAAUUAAAUAGAGAAAGGAUUUCAAGAGAUAGGGGCGUACAUGAAUGACCUCAAUUUAAAGUGAGAAAUUGUUACAAAUAGGUUUAUUAAAUAGCAAAACCAAGGAAAAAGUUUUCUACAGGUAUCUUCAAUAUAUACAUGUAGCUCAUGGUCCUAGUGAACUUGGUUUUCUUUCAUACAAAAACACAUUAAAUCUACUUUUAGGGAAAAAAGGGUGUUACAUGUACACCAUGUUCUAUAGGAAAGACAUUGCAUACAAUGGGAUGCAACAACACAUUUGUUUGGCACAUUUAUACAAUACCAAUUCAAUUGAAAAUGGCCAUCAGCAUCCAAGAUUUCUCAAAUUGAUGCACUAUGUAAGAGGAAUGAAAAAUCCCUUGACAACUUUCUUUUUACAAGUACUCGUGGAAAUUCAUGGAAUUGUAAAGCUGCUUUCAAUUACAGCUCAAAAAUGUUUGAUGGUUAUUAAAAUUUCGAAUUUCCCAACUUUUGGAUAAAGCACUUCAGAAUUUGAAAAAUUUUAAAAACCUAUGUUUCUUCCUCUACCACAGUUCUUAAUCAUGCAUGCAUAAGUCUGAUCUGAUCAACAGUGUACAGGACCACCUACAUGAAGAUACAUGUACCAACAAUGAUUUCAGAGUUCAGACUAUCAGCUUACAUACAAAGCCAAACCAUGUUAUUACAUACUCUCCCUUAAAUGGAAAAAAGCAAAACACCAACUGAGGGGAUAAAAAUACGUUGUAUGUGAUAAAAUGACUCCUAGUCGUGGAAGGUAGCAAGAAAUCACACCACAUGUGCACCACUCCAACAAAACAUAAACGAAGUGUUACAAAAUUGAUUUUGAUGACAGACAUAUUGGUCAUAAAGAGACACUAAUUGGUGUGAAGGUUUCACUUUAUGGUGAUAGCUGUAAACAAUGCUAUAAAUAUCCCAGUGGUCAAAUUAGUCUAUUUGAUAACUCUGCUUUAUGGUCAAAACAGACCUAUAACUAUUACACAGACAAUUUUCAAAGUUGGCCGACAAUGGACAUUCUAUCCACAUGUGUAAAAACUGUUAUACGUUUCAAUCAAGUUUCAACUCUUUUGAGGAAUCCAGAAAGUUAUGAUUCCACUGUAUUUUACUGUUGGAUCAAGACACCGAUUAAUAGCCCUACUUUUAGUAAUCAACAGACUCAUAGUUUUCUAUGUAAGUUCUGAACAAAUAUUUGAUGGGUUUGACUGUGGCACUGUGGAUUGCAAAAGCAAAGGAUCAGACAACUCAGCCAGGGAUUUUGUAAUGUUGCUGGUCACAAACAGUCAAUUAAAGACAAACCUUGAUUACAAUCUCUGCCAUUCAGUAGGCAUUCUAUGAACCAAAAACUUACUUAAUUUGUAAUGUGAUUCAGUUCUGGCUGCAUUCAGAUGUUUAUAUGUAAAUCUCAGAUUUUGUUCCUGUGAACAAAUACACAGGUUAUAAGGCUUAGGGUUCUUAUGGUGUUCAAGUUCAAUUAAAUAAUACCUAUAAAUGUAGACCUAUUAUAAUUUAACCCAAAAAGCUAGGCAUGACAUAGAUUUGCUUUUAUAUUAAUCUAACAUCUGUUACAGGUGUGUUCCCAAAUAUAUUUUUUCUGAAGAAACAGUAAGUCACAUAACCCAUGGCAAAAGUCAUAUUGCUUAUUGGGCACUUUGGUAUUACAUUCAGUCUGUUUGCAUUCUAUAUACACAACAGUUCUCAAAGAUUAAACUUUCAAUUGAGAAAUCAGAACAAGAUUUUAAAGGGGAAAUUUAUAUAAAUAUAAAAAAAUAACUUCAAAUGAGCACAUAUCAAUUAUUUUCACAUACCAGCUGCAUAACAAAGAUUAAAGUAUAUUUAAAUGUUCCUAAGUGCUGAUGGGAGCUUUAUUUUUAUUUCAGGAACUUUAAAGUGGUGGCAAUUUUUUUUCCAGUCAACAGAAAAAAUACCUUAAUAUAGUCUGGUCCCAAUGCAGUAAUUUCAUGAUACCAAGAGUCAAGACCCACCUGGCAAAAAAAAAGUGGAAUUUAUACCCAAUAGGGUCUUCCUGUACAAGCAGUAAUUCUGAAUACCCCCAUUGACUUAUUGCCAUUAAAUUAAGACAUUCCUGGGGGACUCACCCCAAUGACCCCUUGAAAUAAGAACGGAAACAUAAUUAACAUGGUGUGCAAUAAUAAAACUUUCUUUAUAAGUGCUAGACCCGAGAGCCUCAUUAAAGUCUCACAUGAGAGGAAAUCUGCCAACCUGAA